AUGUCAGCUCGCCCAGCAGUCGGAUGGGAAUCACAUUUUAUUGCAACCAAGGCAUAUAUUCAAUUUGCAUUGAGCAUUAGCGAUAAGUCAUUUAUGCCAAAACUACUCAACAAGAUAGACAAAACAGUUGCCGCUCUUCAUUAUGGUACAGAUGGAAAACAAAUAUUUAGGACUCAUGGCUCUACACCAAUAUAUAAACUCCCUGAUAACGUCACUGAUCUUGGACAAUUAAAUGAAAUUAUGUAUCAGAAGUAUACUCGUCCAUUAGACCACGCAUUAGCCUCUAUUGGGACAAAUAAAGAUACUAUUGUUCUUAAUAUUAACCAUCUUGCAGCAGAUGGAGGAUAUCUUCAUAAUUUAUUUGAAUUUUUAAAGACAGAUGAAGAUAUCAACUACAUCCCUAGUAUUAUUCCAACAGAAAAAGUAUUUGAAAAAGAAAUUAAUGAAUAUAAUGGAUCUCUUCCAUUGUUCCCAGUUGCAGAUCCAUCGUUAACUCGUGCUAUUCCUCAAGAUCAGUUAAAUUACCAUACAGCAUACGGAAUGUUUACUAAUAACAUAUCAAUUGAUGCAAAAACAUUGAUGACCUCUAAAAUUAACGGAAAGAUCAAAAAUUUGACAGAAUAUUAUUGGGCAAGUGUCAUUUUAUCUGUAUCAGCAUUCAACAACAAGCUUGAAAACACCGGAAUUCCAACAUGCAUUAAUUUAAGACAAUACUUAAAUAAAUCAGAUUUCAACAUUGGAAAUUGUUUCUCUCACGUCAUUGUUUCGACACACGUUACAAAAGAUGAUGAUGUUAAAACAUUGAUGGAUAAUCUCCGUCAAGAUUUCAAUAACAAAUACAAGUUAAGAACUCCAAUUGGAGAAUUGAAAUCACUAAAACAAGGCUCGCUUUUCCAAGCUAGUGUUAAAGGAUUAGUUCCAGAUAU